AUGAACUACAAGGGGCUCCUCGUCGCCGUCUUCUAUGGUGCGCCAAGCCGCGUAGAGCGGGCCAGCAGCAGUCGCAAAGAGGCUGCGCACCGCUCUGCCAUGCCCUGCAACAUUGGUGCCUUCCCCCCUUUCACCCCUCCCACUCCCCUCACUCACCCCUCCCACUCCCCUCACUCACCCCUCUCACUCCCCUCAUUCACCUCUCUCUAUCCCCUCAAUCCCCCCUCCGCCCCCCCCCCUGCAGGCGGCAUGUCGGUGGCGGCGGUGUUUGUGAACAAGGCGAUAUUCCGCGUGUACCGCUUCACCUUCCCCUACACGCUCGUCUUCUUCCAGACGCUCUUCACACUGCUGCUCCUCGCCGCCAUGCGCCUCUCCCGCGCCAUCCGCCUCGCCCCCUUCCGCCUCUCCGUCCUGCGCCGGGUACGCCCCUCCCCUUGCCUCAGGCGGCUCACCGGCAUGGGCCGGGUGGCUCUGCUGUCGUUCGCCUUCCUACUGAAGCUCCUCCUGGACAUGGCGGCGCUGUCCCGGGUGAACAUCCCGAUGUACGGCGUGCUCAAGUCCGCCACCACGCCCUGCGUGCUGCUCCUCGACUACCUGCUGCGCGCCAAGCGCGCCUCCUUGCGCGUGCAGCUCUCCGUCUACAUGACCGCGCUGGGGGGCGUCAUAGCAGGCGCGGGCGACCUCACGUUCGACCUGCCGGGGUAUGUGCUGGCGCUCUCAUCCGCACUAGCAACAGCGGCGUACGUGGUGAUCGUGGGCAAGCUGGGCGAGGAGUUGCAGUUGGACUCGUUCACGCUGCUGCUCUACAACAAUUGCUGGUCGCUGCCCUUCUCCUUCCUGCUCCUCGCCCUCAACGGCGAGCUGCCCGCCGUGCAGCGAGUGCUGCAGUCACGAGACGCCAUGUUCCUCACGUGCUUCCUGCUGUCGUGCGCGUCUGCGUUUGUGCUCAACCUCGCCACCUACCUCUGCACGCUCGUCAACGACAGCCUCACCACCAGCAUCGUCGGGCGCACCAAGUCCAUCCUGCAGGGCCUGGGCGGCCUCUUUGCCUUCGGUGAUGUGCUCAUGAGCGUGACGAACGUGGUGGGGCUGCUGGUGAACAGUGCGGGCAUCGGGUGGUACGCGGUCGAGAAGUACCUCGAGGCGCGGCGCCGUUCGCACCACAUGCUCUCCCCGGGGCAUGCCCGCGAUGGCAAGGCCACCAUCACCCGCGACGGCUCCCAGCUGUCAUUGGUGUUCAACGAGGUGAAGACAGAAGAUGCCGGCCAACCAGACCCGCGCAACGGCUCUGUGUGA